UGGCCACUCGGAUCUACUGUGCAAAAGAACCUGCUCCUCAGUGCUACCUGUUCCACAGUUCAGCGGUGUCCUGCUUUCACCAGCCAUCUUCUCUCCCUGGCGCCGGCAUCUUCAAUGUGGGCACCCUGCUGUGACAGCUUGCAGCUUUGUGAAUGGCCACCUAUAGUCUCCUGGGACCUGUCACGUGUCCAAGCAGACUCUGUCAAAUUCGGGUAUCCGCCCUCCCCCCCACUCCCCAAAGGUUCGCAGUCUCUGGUCAUCUCCUGUAUUAUGUCCACAGUCUCUGGUCAUCUCCUGUACUACAGUAUGUCCGCAGUCUCUGGUCAUCUCCUGUACUAUGUCCGCAGUCUCUGGUCAUCUCCUGUACUGUGUGUGCAGUCUCUGGUCAUCUCCUGUACUGUCCGCAGUCUCUGGUCAUCUCCUGUACUAUGUCCACAGUCUCUGGUCAUCUCCUGUAGUACGGUCUGCAGUCUCUGGUCAUCUCCUGUACUAUGUCCGCAAUCUCUCGUCAUCUCUUGUACUAUGUCUGCAGUC